GCAAGUCUAAUUUUUAAAUCUGGUAGCAAGUCCGGAGGCUAUCAUGACUCCAUGAAUUGCCUUAACUUUGAGAAGUGGUUUGAACAACAAUUGCUCCCGAACUUGGAUGAACCUUCUCUUAUAAUUAUGGACAACGCUUCUUACCAUUCAGGAUUGGUAGAAAAAAGUCCAAAUCAAUGCUGGACAAAAAUGUCACUUAUAGAGUGGCUAACAUCACGAGACAUUACAUUUGCACCAACAAUGAUGCAAGAUCAGAUCUGGGAAGUAGUGAAAAAUCAUAUACCACCAAAACUAUUUAGAUUGGACGAACUGGCAUUACAACAUGGUCAUCGUGUUUUGAGACUUCCUCCAUAUCACUGCGAGUAUAAUCCAAUCGAAAUGGUAUGGUCAGAAUGCAAACGGCAUUACGAUACAAGGAUCGAUUCAAUUCAGCCUGUCACACACAGUGCCGUUUUGUCUUUAUGGAAUGAGGCACUGCACAAAGUUACACCGGAAAAAUGGAGAAGAUAUUUUGAUCAUACAAGAGGCAUUAUAAACCAGGCCUGGGAACGGGAACAACAUAUUGAUACAUCAGACAUCUUACCGGUGAUUAUCAACUUGGACGAAUCUGAUAGUGACGAAGAUUAUUAUGAUGAUUACAUUCAUGAGGCAGAAGAGAAUGAGCGUGUUUAAGAAUAUUAUUUUUGG